CAUUUCCCUUUCCUUCUUGCCUCCUCUUCUUUCACUCGCUCGCCGUAAUGACGUCCUCCCCCUCGAGCGAAACACAAGCAGUAACGCUUCUUGACGUGUCUGAUGUCCCCCUUGUUGUCACCCAGCAAUACAGCGGUGAGACGAUCCCCCUCUCCAAGGGACAGGCAUGGCAAGUCCUCCUCGUGGCGAUCCCAGGUGCUCAUCCCUCUACCGCAUAUCUGGUCAUCUCUGUCCAGCAGCCCGGGAGUAACAGCGGAGAUUUCGAAGUGGUAGUGCAUAGCGACCAUACAGUCCAGUUGGAGAGGGCGGCGCAUGCGACCAACUUUAGGGUGCAGAGCGAUGAGGUUCCUGGAGCAUUUGUUGUCCUCGCAUUGCCAGUCAGUGCGCAGGGGAGAGAGACGGCAGAGGCGCUUCAGGAUGUGCUGGAGCAGUAUUGUGGGUUGACGGAGGUCAAGGGUAGCGAAGCUGCCAACAGAGGUGCGGGUGCGGUACCUCCACCGACUGGUAGUGAGCAGCAACAGCGGCAGCGGCAGCAUGCGGAUAUCGAGUUGGAGGACGAGAAUGGAAAUGUCCUCGCCACCCUCGACCCCGCUUCCACCCCCGUUGCUCCGUCCACCGGCUCCCCCUCCGCAGCUCCUACCGCACAACAACGCGAAAAGGACUGGCUCAUGAACGGGGCUCAUGGCAUAGCACGAGGCAUGAACACCUUCUCAGGCUGGGCAGGCGGCCAUAUGACACGAGCAGCAGAUCGGUACACCAGUCGCGGCGAUGCGGGAUUCAACAGUGGGGCUGCGUCCCCCUCUAGGCAAGGAUAUGCGGGCAGUCCCAGCCUCGGCGUGCCAGGAAAGGCUAAGACGAUGGGCGAUGUCUCGCCUUCCUCAGGGUAUGGGGAUGAGAAGAGGGGAUACACAGGAUAUGCCGGGAGUAGCAGUGGGGUCGACUACUCCACGGAUCAGCACGAAGACGCCAGCACAUGGCGUCGUUCCCCCUCUCCACUGCAGUACACCUCAGCAGGAACAAGCAACGACGGCCACUCCUCCCCACGUCGCUCAAAUGUCAAGGUCCAUCCCUCAGUCACUCGCGGCCUCACAGCCCUCCAAACCGGAUCGGGCCACGUCGUCCGUCUCUCCGGCCAAGCACGCACUGCCAUCCUCAACGCCUCCGAGGGGGCGGGACGCAAGUUGGGCGGCGUAUCCUCCAGCAUGCGACCGGGAGAGAAGGAGAAGUGGCAGGCUCAAGAGAGAGAGAAGUGGGAGAAGAGACAGUACGGCCAAGGGUAUACUGGCAGUCCGACUGGUAGCCCAUCUCUGCAGCCUGUCAACGCAGGCCCACCCUCCGGCACCAGUACCCCAACUAAGAAGCCAGGCGCGUUCCGUACCCAACUGGCCCGAGGAGCACAGGCGGCCAACGUGCUGAUCGACGGCUUCGACUCUGCCCUCUCAAAUCUCGUUGACUCCGCAGGCUCAUCAGCCUCGCAGGCAAUCGAGUUCCGCUUUGGGCCUGAGGCUCGAGCGGCAAGUGGUUUGGCGGGCAAUGUAGGGAGGAACGUCUUCCUGGUAUACAAGGAUGUCUCCGGGAUCAGACGCAAGUGUCUUUUGAAGGUAGCAGGGGGCUCUCUACAAGGGACCACACCUGAGGGAAACAAGGUCGUCGUUACCAUGCCGCCCGAGCAGCAAGAGACGGCUGCGGGUGUGUCGGGAGGAGUCAUGACGGGAAGAACGGGUGGGACGAUGGACGGGAAUGGUGGUGGCCGCACGGACGUUGACUCAAUUGAGCACGACUAUCAUCCUGCUGCUGCUGCGAGCUCGUCAGGAGGGGCGGGGGGUGGGGGAGGACUGCCACGGUAUGAGGAUGUCAAGAGGGGGUGA